AGCACGCAGUGCUUUAAUUUAAAAGUAAAUUUGGUUUUUUUACAAUCUAAUUUAUUUAUUUUUGAAGGGUAAAAUUUCAAAAUUUUUUCUUCAAUAACUUUUUAAAACAAUUUAAAGGAUAGCUGAAAUAUAUCUGUUAGUUUAAAAUUUAAGAUAAGGAUGCCUCCACCGAGACCGAGAGGAUUUGCUGGAAGUUCUGGGGGUUCUAAUACUAGGCCUGCUCCCAAUACUCCAAUGUCUGAACGCCAACAAAUGGCAUUAUUAAUGCAAAUGACUUCGUCGGCAGCUUCGCCAUCAUCAACAUCUAGUUCUGAAAUGAGUCCAGGCACAAUGCAUAAUUUAGCUAGAUCAAGGGAUAGAAAUGAACGUGGUGAAACAUCUUUACAUGUAGCAGCUAUUAAAGGAGACCAGGAUACUGUUAAAAAGUUAUUAGAAAGUGGUGUUAGUCCAAAUGUUGCUGAUUUUGCGGGAUGGACACCAUUACAUGAAGCUUGCAAUCAUGCACAUUAUAAUGUUGCAUUAACAUUAGUUAAAGCUGGAGCAAAUGUAAAUGCAAGAGGUUUAGACGAUGACACACCAUUACAUGAUGCGGCUACUAUUGGGCAUUUAAAAUUAGUUAAAAUGUUAGUUGAAAAAGGUGCAGAUAUUAAUCUUAAAAAUAGAAAGGGUAGAACACCUGUAGAUAUAGCACAUCCUACUGUAGCUUCUUAUUUACAAGCAGUUAGAGAAAUGAAGUUUGUAAGAUGUUAA